AUGAAGGAUCAGAAGAAGAAGAAGCUGUUCGUGGUGGUGGAUGUGCUGUGCGUUACAGCUGAAAUAAUCUUUGAUUUUUUUAUUCUCUCUCCUCAGAUCUCAUCUGGAGAGGCUUAUCUGGUCUACAGACAGAGGAUUCAGUCUAACACGCAGUUCAAUCAGUAUAUAGCUGCACUCUACAAGGUAGUAGGCACCUUUCUGUUUGGAGGAGCUGUCAGCCAGUCACUUACUGACCUUGCAAAGUACACUAUUGGGCGUCCAAGGCCAAACUUCAUGGCAGUGUGUGCACCGAAAGUCUGCCCAGGAUACAUGCCGGUGAUCAACUGCACUGGGGCUCCUGAGGAUGUCACAGAGUCUAGAUUGUCCUUCUAUUCUGGUCACUCCUCUUUUAGCAUGUACUGCAUGCUUUUCCUAGCGCUUUACGUGCAGGCGAGAUUUGUGGCAAAGUGGGCCAGACUUCUCCGGCCCACCAUCCAGUUCUUCCUGGUGGCCUUCGCGGUUUAUGUGGGUUACACCCGAGUCUCUGAUUACAAGCACCAUUGGAGCGAUGUGCUGGUGGGGCUGCUGCAGGGAGCGCUUGUUGCUUUGCUAAAUGUGCACUUUGUGUCGGAUUUCUUCGAGAAGUGUCCUAAACGUUCCAAGAGGCCUGGCACUCGCGAUAGUGAGGAACCAGAAAGGAAACCCAGCGUGCAGAUUGCAGACUCUGAGAACAGCAACCAUUACAACUACCACAGUCGUGGCACUGUGUGAUAGUGAACUUAUAGGAACAAAGACUGCAAACCUGCAGACCACAAACCUGUGUGAUAGCGUCAAAUCCAGGGGCUUCGACCUGGUUAGAUCAGGUAAUAACCUGGGUUAUAUGCAAUCCUGACUCUUCAGGAUGCCUUCUGUCCUGGAACUGUGUCAAAUUUUAAUGUUUUGGUAAUUUUUGCAAUCGGCCCUUUGUAUUUGUGUUUUAAAAAAGAAAGGAAAAGCUAUACUUGUGGCCUAUAACUUUCAACCUCUUUUCUCUGCAUCAACCACUCACUUUCCACCUGCUCCACUGGAUCUGAGGGAUGCAGCCCAUCUCUGGGCACCUGAGACACAACCAUGACACUUUUCUCCUGUAAGAGAGAAAGAAGCAUAUUUUCAAGCUAUCAUUAUUAACGGUAAAGCAAAAAAAGCUGCAUUAACUGAAACAUCACAAACCAAAUGCAACAUGGGUAACAUUGUUACCUGUGUUAGCAAUGCAGGUUUCCAUAGCCGUAAGCUUCCAGUGUCUUUUUCCAGCACACUGACAAAAAAAUGUCAGAUAAAAGUCUCUCUGCAUUUGGGUUGAUACAUAUUCUACUUUCUUUACUCAUUACUUGCAAAUUAGGGUUGUUAUUAUUAUGCAGUAUGCAUGUUAUCUGUUCCAGAAUGGAUCAGUGACAGCACCUAGAUUUCAGUUAUACAGAGCGAAUGCAGUGAUGACCUAAAAGUGCCAAAAACUGCACCAGAAUCUGGGCACGGUUUCCGAAUUCAAAGCAGCUAUUUCACUUCCACUGAGUUCUUUAAUUUUAAUUAAAACUACACCGAUUAAUGGAGCUUUAACAUUAGAGUGUAUAUUUUGAUUUGUGAAAGUAGAAAACCAAAUUUGUCUAGAAUAAUUGUAAAGAGAAGAACGUUCAGGCACGAAUGUUUCUAAGUGUUGGUGGAUUCAUGUCAUUUUGUUGGACCUACAGUAGAAGAAUACUGAAUUUCUGACUGUCGGUUAACUUAUUUUCCUAUAUAAUGCCAUCCUGUUGACAGCAUGUCUCAAAAGCUAAAAUACAGGUUUUUUCCUGGCAGUUGAUCAAAUCAUGGAGUCCGUGUCACCUCGUUCCACAGAAAUCUAUGGAUCUUCCUGCUUGUUUGAUGAAAACACGUUUUUAAAAUGCUUGAGUAAAUAUUACCCGAAUUAACAACGUUGUUAUAAUUUUUUAUUACACUGCUGAUUUUGUGGUGGUUUUUCUUCGGCUCUGGCUAAGAUCUUAUUGGCAUGUGGCCCUAAAAAAACUCCUGAAACGUUAGCUAUAGACCAUCCAGAGCUGCUUACAUGAGCUGUAGAGCCGGUUCACCAACAUGGGAAACAAGAACAUCCAGUAAUGUUUCAUAACUGCCGUACAAACAGAUCCGUGUCUCUGCUAGAACAAACAUUUUGUUCUUAAAGUGCUCGACAGGUUUACCAGCUGACAACACGCUAAUUAGAUUAGUGCUCAUUCAUGUUGGCAGACGUCACUAACUGUCAUGUGAUAUCACUGAUUUCAUUACGUUUAGCAUGAAACUGAGCUAAGGUGAGGACACGUCGAAUCUUCAGCUUUUAGGCUCGUGUCCAGACUGGAAAGUUUCUGAAAUGUAAACAUGUAAGUGUGGAUUAGAUUAAUGAUUUUUUUUUUUUGAUCACCUAUGUGAAAUGGGCUGCAGUAGCAGACACCAUUGAUGCCUGUAGCUUUUAUUUCUGCUGGACUUGAUGUGUCAUACCACUACUAUACAAUCAAUCAAAUAUUAAGAAACGUCGCCUCUAUCUUGUCCCUUUUCCACUUUUUUUCCAAUUUUUUGUUAGAGAAAAAAAUUUUGUUUAGCAAAUAAUAAUCAAAGAUGGACAAGAAAGUGGUUAAUAAGUUAUUUUGAAUAUAAAAUGUUCUUUAUGUACUUUUAUAAGGUUGGAAGUGCCAGCUCUAAGGUUUUUUGUGCAAUCACCCCAGCUUGCCACUAUGAGCCACGAAUACUGUACCCAUGAAUGCUAUAAGACAUGUUUUUGAGUU